UCUACUCGCUCAGUCACGCGCGUACGCUCAUGUACGAGAGCCACGCGUCCACUCACAACCGCCCACUUCCCUUAUCCUCUCUCACGGGUGCUGCUGGCCACACAAUCAAUCCACAUCCAUCUUUUUCUUCCACCUCCUGUGACGCCGCUGCUCCCACCGCUCCACCUCUUAUUACUCAGCUGUCAUUUGGUGUGCCACCGCCGCGAGCGUUGCCGUGGAGCCGAAGCGGCCACCAGCAGAUCAGCAGCCGUGCCUGCUACUUCGGAGGUCCUCACUUUUUUGCUGCAAUCGGUUUGUGGGAAGCUGCAACCGGCCGUCUAGGAGCUGCGACCGGCGACGGCCACCUGCGGGAUGCGGCGGCGCUGGAAACGGUGACAUCAGGGAUGCUGGAACCCGUGGUGUUUUUUGCUGCUACCAGCUGUAAUUUUUGCUGGAACUGGCUCGGCGAAGAUUAGCCGCGGGCGGGGGUGGCCGGCAAGCACGGGCGGCGCGGGGGUGGCCGGCAAGCAUGGGCGCGAGCGCGGGGGUGGCCGGCAAACAUGGGCACGAGCACGGACGGCGCGAGUGUGGCCGGCGAGCAUGGGCGCGAGCACGGACGGCGCGAGGGUGGGCGAGCACAGGCGCGGAUGCGGACGGCGCGAGGGUGGGCGAGCACAGGCGCGGAUGCGGACGGCGCGAGGAUGGCCGGGGAGCACGGGUUCGAGCGCGGGCGGCGCAGGGUGGCCGGCAAGCAUGGAUUGCGCGAGACAGGCGGCGAGCAUGGAGAUCUCCCUUUUUUCUUUUUUCUUCACGCGUGUGUGGAAGAGAGAAGACGACUCAAUCGCGCUAUCCAGACCGUUUAUUUGUACAGGAUCCAACGCCUGGCAGCGGACCGGCCGAAACUUCGGCCGGUGCGCCGGCGCCUAGCGUCGCCCUAAGUUUAUUUACAACCAAUUUCUUGGCGGGCCCGCCGGUAGCGAAGCCUCUCUUAGGCCAUCUUGGGCUUUCCCUAAAAAAAGGCCAUCUUGGGCUCAGUUUGCCAGGCCAACUCCAGCGCACGAUUACAAACCGACGUCCGUUUUGUCCGGAUUCUGUCCAUUUGGAUAGGGCAAUAGGAUCGUCUGUGGGGUUGUCCUGAGAUGCGGUGGACGUGUACCCAAC